AUGGAUCUCUAUGAUGAGUUACCGCAGAGUGACCUACUUUGUGAUGAUGAAUUUUCUGACCUGUUGAUUGCGUCCGAGCAAUACCAGGUAUCUGUCAUUGAAUUCUUGACGCUGCAGUCCAAGGAACUGGCCACACUCCUGCAGAGAUCAAUCAAUGAGGUUGUCAAAUUUCAGCAACUCUUAUUUGGAGAGUUUAAGACGCAAUUCCUUGAAACAAACAAAAUCCAAGUCCUCACAGAUGGAAUAAGCCCUUUGCCGUUCAGUACUGGCGAUGUCAACAUCGAUGAGAACCUUGGAGGCGGCAUCUUCACGCAUAGCAUUACAGAGAUUUUUGGGGAAAGCUCUACUGGAAAGUCACAGUUUCUGAUGCAGCUCUCUCUUUCUGUUCAAUUGCCGUCAAAUUUAGGUGGUUUGGGAGGCAAAUGUGUUUAUAUCGCGACCGAGGGCGACCUACCCACUCAAAGAUUGGAAGAGCUUAUAACAAGUAGAAAAGAAUUUAAGAAUCAUAAUGUUACUCAAAAUAAUAUUUACACCGUAACUUGUAGUGAUCUGAUGACGCAAGAACAUAUUUUGGAUGUACAGUUGCCCGUUUUAUUGGAAAAGAAUAAGGGCGCGAUUAAACUUAUUAUUGUUGAUUCCAUUGCUCACCAUAUGCGUGUAGAACUUACUAGUACGUCUUUUAAAGAGUCGCAGGACAACAGGUUUUAUAUUGAUAGAAUGGCUGAAAAGCUGCUCGGUUUAGCAGGAAAAUACUCUCUGGCUAUAGUUGUUGCCAAUCAAGUAGGUGAUAAACCUCUAGUUGAGGCCACAGAGUCAUCAUACCAAGCGGUGACUGAUUAUGAAUAUCAACUAGGCUGGAUGGUAGGCUGGAAGGACUCGACUAUUCUCUACCGGCAGAAUUUCAACGAAUUGCCUUCAACUAAUAAGAUGAAUGUUUCAGGCGUAUCAUUUUACGAUAAUAUGCUUUCUGAUGACGAAGAUUCAAUCUUAAUAGAGGAGGAGCUACAAAGAUUAACAAAGUCUGCGACUGAUUCCAAUGGUUUCACAAAUAGAAAAAAUGAGAUUUCGAAAGCCAUUCCGAGUAGCAGAUCGGAGAGUUUUCCUGUAAUUGCAAGGAAACCGCUUAAAAGAAGAAUAGACCGUCGGGUUCCCACUCUGGGACUUGCCUGGGCUAAUCAUGUAUCUACAAGGAUCUUGUUGAGCAAGCUGUACAAGGCUUCAGCUCUUGUAAAACGGGGGGAGAUCCAUCUUUACAAUGGGUCAGAUCCUUCCGCUCUUUGGCAAGUGAAAAGAAUCAUGAAAGUUGUUUUCUCCACCUAUUCUCAACCAUGUGAGGUAUCUUUCAUAAUAAAUAAGAGGGGAUUGGAAAGUGUAUAA